UAUUCUCUCAAACCCUAAAUUCUUCUCCGCCUCCCUUUAAACCCUAGCUCUUUCUUCAAACCCUAAAUCUCUCCCUCAGCCUCCACCUUCAACUCCCUGAAAUCUCGUUUCCUCCCCUUCCUCUGUCUUCAGCCAUGGAGUUUUGGGGUGUUGAAGUCAAGCCCAAUGAGACUCUCAAGUGUGAACCUGGAGAAGAGAAAUACCUGCAUCUUUCCCAGGUAACUCUUGGAGAAAUGAAAAAGGACAAGGGAGCUGAAAAUGUAACAGUCUUUGUGAGAUUUAAUGAUCAGAAGUUGGUCCUUGGCACUUUAUCGGCAGAGAAAUUUCCUCAGAUUUCAUAUGAUUUGGUGUUUGAAAAAGAAUUUGAGCUAUCCCACAGCUCAAAGAAUACCAGUCUCUAUUUCUGUGGCUACAAAACUGCUACUAUGGAUGAGCAUUCUGAUCUAUCAGGUGAUGAAUUUGACUCUGAUGAAGAGCCUGUUCCAAUUCUCAGCGCUAAUGGUAACUCUAAGGAGGAGGUAGCCAAACCAGCUGUAGCAAAGGCUGCUGCUGGCAAAGCUGAUGCUUCCCCUGCUAAGCCCAAAGCUAAGACAGAAGAACCUAUUAAGGCUGAUAAGCUUAAAGCAGAAGCUGAUGAUGAUGAUGAUGAAGAUGACGACGAGGAUGAUGAAGACAUUGAUGAAGAUGAUUCUGAUGAUGAGGAUAUGCUUGAUGCGGAUGAUAGCGAUGAUGAAGAUGAUGAAGACAACUCUGAUGAGGAAGAGGAAGAGACACCCAAGAAGGUUGAAAGUGCUAAAAAGAGAUCCUCUGAUUCUGCUUCCAAGACACCUGUCCCAGCAAAGAAGGCAAAGGUGGUAUCACCUGUUGGCGCUCAGAAAACAGGUGGUGAUGGUAAGAAAGGAGGCCAUACUGCAACUCCUCACCCUGCAAAACAAUCAGGGAAGACACCUGCCAGUGGUGAUAAAUCAAAGCAGCAAACUCCAAAAUCUGCUGGUUCAGUUGCUUGCAAGUCAUGCAGCAAGACUUUCAAUUCUGAGAAUGCCCUGCAAGCUCAUACCAAGGCAAAGCACGCAGCUGCCAAGUGAGAUUGCAGAUAUAACGAACUCUGAUUUUUGAACCUUGAUAUAAAGCAGAGAUGCUGGAUAGUAGCAGCAGAGGUAAGGUAACUGCUGGUUGUGUUGGGUGGCAUUGUUUUGGGGGGAGGAGGCAUUGUGUUUUGUUUCUUGUUUUGACUAUUUCGUGGUCUUUUUGUCUGGUUACUUUAUCGCGUAUUUGAGUAUUACCUGAAAGAUUUCUUGACUUUCUGAGACUAGCAUAUCUGUAUGUGGACUUUUUCUAAAAUUAGUGGAUUUUAUUUGAAAGAGUUGUCAGAUUUUCCUGUU